AGGGGGGCGGUAUUCUUCACCGCCCAUGUGUAUACCCACCAAGCCCUCAACGUCCUGGCUAUAAUCUACAGCAAUCCUGUUUACUAAGCCUAUAGCAAGCCGAUAAGAAACAUACAUACAUAGCCGAGCAGGAGACUUCAAUUUAAGAAAGAAAAAAAAAUGGCCCGAAACACACCAGAAACCCUGGCAGCCCUCCAAAAAUUCCUAAGCGAGCAACACCCCAGCAUCACGCUCCUCACCCGAUCAAGCCCCGAAUUCGAGGCCGUGCGCGCGUGCUUCGUCAAGCGAGACAGCGACGUACCGCUCGCCAUCGCACGCCCGCGGUCAGCAGCCGACGUACAAGCGCUAGUGCAGUACUGCGUCGCAAAUGACGUGGACUUCCUCGUGCGGACUGGUGGUCACGACUGUGCGGGGCGCACGCAGGUUCGCGAUGUGCUGACUAUUGAUAUGCGCGACAUCAAAUACGUAAAUGUUGCUGAGGACGAGAAGACUGCUACGAUUGGAGGAGGGGUGUUGUUUAGGGAUCUUACGAAGGUGCUUGAUGCGAAAGGUUUGAUUACGCCGAUUGGUACUAUUCCGACUGUGGGUUAUGUUGGAUGGGCUACGCUCGGCGGAUACGGGCCGUUCUCGACGAGCCAUGGGUUGGGGGUUGAUCAGAUCGUUAGUGCUAAAUUGGUUGAUGCGAAGGGCGAAUUAGUGGAUGCAAGUGAUGAAUUAUUGAAGGGUCUACGGGGAGGCGGCGGGAUAUUUGGGGUUAUUGUGGAAAUGACUAUCAAGGUCUAUCCCCUGAAGGAGAUGCUCGUAUCACUUUUGAUUUUCGAAUCGAGUGAUAUAAAGAAGACCUUCGUUGAUUAUUGCGCUGGAUAUGAGAAACUGACUGCAGAGCAACCCCUCCCAAGGUCACUUCAACUUCAAAUUUUUGGCAUUGAACUUCCUAACCUAGGGAAAGUUCUGGCCGUGGCAGCAUCAUGGGCAGCACCCGAUUUUGAAAAUGGAAAGAUCUGGUUUAACAAGAUCGCGGCUUUCGGGAAUUGUUUGAUGAACAAUCCCGAGCCGAAGAAAGUGACGGCUUGGGUUGAGACCAACGAAAACCUCCUUACGUAUGGCAGCUAUGGUCGAGUAUACACACUGAACGUCAAGAGUUACACACAAAAGACUGCUGAGAUCCUCGCUAGACACACCCAUCGAAUCCCAGGUGUCCGCAUGGCGCUCUCCCUACACACCCUUAGAGUACCUCUGCCAAACGAGGAAUCCAUCUUCCCUUCCCGAACAGAUCAUCAUAUGUUUGAGCUAGUUGCUACGACCCCCGCGAAGGAGGACGAGAUUAAGGGCGAGGAAUGGGCUAAUGAGAUUCUAAAAGAUGUCAGGGAGAAUGACCCCGAGAAUGUUAUGGAAUCGUCGUAUGUAGCGCUCACGGGUACGGAUGAUGUGGACUUUAAGGUGCUCUACGGGAAGCAUUACGACACGUUGGUGGCGCUCAAGAAGAAGUAUGAUCCGGAUAAUGUAUUCAAAUAUGCAGUUCCCAGGCUUGUCGCGUAGAGAUUGUAGUAGCAUUAGAAGGCAAUGGGAGUUGGAAUAUAGAAUGCAUGUCAAUUGAUGGAGCAAUACCUUGUAGUGGCGCGCUGAUCCUUGGUGAAUCCCACGCUCCAAUAUUACGAGUGUCCGGAUUAUUAGUUCAGUACUUCAUAAAAGGCGAAAACCCUGUUGGC